UUUGUUUCCUCACCUGUCAAUUCUGGCACGAUGCGAGUGUGCAGCCUCGUCUCUUUGUUUUUCUUCGAGAAACGAGUCUCCUUUUUUCAAGAAUAAAUGAUAAUCCUGUCUGGCCAACUGCCACCUAACUGAGGACAGCAUCUAACACGGUCUUCUAUCUGCUACAGAGUAGGCCUGUGCAGGCAUGGAGCCCUUGGCAGUGGAUGAUGACAUUUGCAUCCUUAAACAUGAGACGGCCUACACCGCUGCUGGCGAGAGUCCUGUAUCGGUGUGUGCAGGCGAUGAAUCUGUUGCUUCCCACUUUGCCCUGGUCACGGCCUAUGAGGACAUCAAGAAGAGGCUGAGAGACACAGAGCGAGAGAAUACCUUGCUGAGGAAGAGGGUGAAGCAGCUGGAGGAUAAGCUCUUCAGGCCAGAGGCUCCUCCAUCAGAGGGUCCACAGUAUGUGAACAAGGCCUUCAGUGCUUACCGAGGUAUCUAUAUAGAGAAGGAGGACCUGCAGAUGGAGCUUAACAAACUGAAAAAAGAGAAGAGUGAGAGUGAGAGGCUGCUGACGGAGCAGCUCCAGUCCAAAGAGUUGGAGCUGCUUCAGCUGAGGACGGAGAUGGAGACCAGCCAAGGUACAGUAAUGAAUAGCCUGAACAGCCCUCAGGACUACUGGCAGGUGGACAGGGUCACCACUGAGCUAAAGAUCCACAAACUGCAGGAGGAGCUGGAGAGGGUGACACUGGAAAACAGUAGACUCCUGGAGAGAAGUGGGGAGGAACCCCAUGGCCUUAACGGACCAGACUUGGACCAGACCUGUGAUGCAAAGUAUAAUGCAAGGGAGAGGAGCAUGCAGCAGACGUAUGAGGCUUUGUGCUGUGAGGUCACUCGUCUCCAUUCAGAGCUGAAGCACCAAACGGGCUUGAUUAGGAAACUCCGGCCACUCAUCAGUGAGACAAGACAAGCUGCCUCAACAGUUCCAAUCCAGUGUCUGGAUGACGUGGAACAGAACAACAACCACGCAGUUCCCCGGGCGUCAGUGCCUCGCCCACCUAGUGCCCCCCCACUCCCCUCGUGCUCCGGCCGCCCCUGCCCCCCUGCCAGUGGGCCUUCGGGCACCCUCCUGCCGGACAGUCUGAGGGAGGACUGUUGGUACAACGGGCCCUGGCCCUCCCAGACCUGUUCAGGGGAGGCUCUGGUUGGCAGUGACACCUGCUCUGUCGUCCUGCCUCCGCCUCCCCUGAACCAGGCCUCCCUGGAUGAUAGCUCGCGGUCCUUCCCCAGCCCCCCCAAACCCAGUGAUGCCAUGUUCUGGGAGGGACACUCUGCUGCAUCCAACUCCUCAUCUUCAAUUGGAAACUGCACUCCCAGGAGCCCCCCAAAUGCCGAGUGGGCCAAGCCCUAUUGAGAGGAACUUUGAUGAGAGUAUACAUAAUUAAAUAUAAUGUGUAAUUGGAUGGAAAAUAAGUGAAUGGAUAAAUGAAUGGACUCUCCAACCCUGCCACAUAGCUACCACCUAACCUGCCUUAAGUUGAUAAGACCACUCCUCUGGGCUGGACUGGACCGGACCUGCUGGUAGUGGGAACUAAUUGAGGCCAGAGGAGACUUUUUCGAGGUAAAGACUGAUCUCUGCACACCGCAUCGGUGAACAUAUCUGACUUUGCAGAGGAAAGAUUGAUGAGAGACCCUAGCAGAAUAAAUAGUUUGUCCGUAUGUAUGUCCUUGUAUGCACAUGCGUAAGUGUGUGCAAGCAUCCAUACAAGCAGUUUUAUUUGUGUGUGCAUAUACACACAUUAAACAGUGUGCCUGUGUCUGCAGAUCAGUGUGCGGGCAUCUUUCGCCUGCCUGUAUCUGUAUCUCGUCAUAAUAAACAUAAUAGGGCUCAAAGGGCCUCUUUCUCCAUUCACUGUGGCCAGUCAUCACUGGGGCCACAGUAUAAUGCUAGAAUUUGUAAAACUGUACUCUCUCCAAUGCAAGUCUUUUUACAUUUGAUCGCUGUAAAGUAUACAAGGUAUGUAGUCCCAUGUAUGUCUCAUGACCGUGCAAAGGAGAUGUCUAGGGAUGAGGACUUGAUCUGAUUGUUUUUGUACUGUGAUGAAGACAGACAUGCAGUGACUGUAGGAUAAUCACAGAUCUUUGUUCCAAAUUUGAACAGCAACCAUGUGAAAUCUUGUUUUUAAAUCUUCAUUAAAGUCAAUUUGAAGAUCAAUAUCAAAGUAGGCUGUCAAUCUACCUAUGAUUACUGAAUACUUUUUGAGAGUGCAGUUGUUUGGAUUUUUGAGGAUAUUGCAUAAUGAGUAGGAAAGUAUUAUUUUUAUCUAAAAAUGUAUUGCUUUCUGAAAUAAAACACUCCACUUCCACUGGCACCAAAAAAAAGUUCAACUAUUAAUGGUUUCACAGAAAUUCCACAACUCAAGCAAGCCUCCUUAAACCUGCCUGUUAUUGCAUAUUCAAUUCUCUGAGCUACUGUCAGACAAUAUCUGUUAUGUUGUUUUCUUUUCUCAGUUGCCGAGGGAUACGUAGAUGCAAGGCUGUGCAUUGUUGGAGGUUUUUCUGUAGGACUAAAUUUGAAGGACUCGUUCAAUAGGCUUCCAUACACCCCCCUGUAUUUGAAACCCUGAUUAAGUUGGAAAGCUGUUGAAGUUUGUGGAGAUUUUGAAUUACAGAAAAUGUAUCUAAACUCUGUACUGUGCUGAUGUUAAUCUUUGAUACAUUUGUUUUGCAGUAUGACACAAGUGUGAAGACAGACGUUUCUCUUUGAUUUCUCUUUUUAAAAGUCAGAUGAGUGUAAAAAGAAAAAAAUGAAAGAUGUACAAAAGAAAACACAAUACACAGAGGGAAGGUGUGUCUGUAUAAAUGUAUAUGGUGGGUUUCAGCAAUCUGCCAAACACAGUUUUGCACUCCAAACAAUAGGUUUUGUUUUUUCUCCCCCACCCCAAAGACUUCUGAUGUGUGUAAGAGCUGUCUGCUAUGGUGGGAAGACAAUAAGUCUAUUAACCUGACGAAAUGUGAGCUGUGACUUGAAAAACAGGUGCACAAAGCACAAAGGCCUAUGGUUGUUGAAAAGAUUUUUUGUUUUUCCAUUUUCUUCAGUCUGUUUCAUGAUAACUGUGGUCUUUUUGUUAAUUUUAAAGAAAUGUUAUUUUACAGCAGUAGUUUCAUACUUCUGUAAACGAUUUGCAAACCAAAAUGCAAUGUACAGUAGAUAUGGAUUAUAUUUUAGAUUUACUGCACUUCAGACUGUUUGUAAAUAUGAACAAUUAAACGAAGGAAAGGAA